GGAAGGAAGGUACCAUCUCAUUUCAACACAUUUUCUCUUCUCCUUCCUGUGCAUGUGAAUGGGUCUUAUCCUCGCUCUGUUUCAAUUCUGGUUUUUCUUCCUUUAGAGAAAAACUUCAUUUAAUAAAAUCCUCUCUUCAUAUCAAUUUUUAGCUUUUUUAAUAUUUUAAGUUUGUGGGAUUUUUAUUGAAGUGUGUUUUAAGAACCCCUUUUUCUUCUAGCUCUGUUAGAGCAUCACAUCAUGGGCAAUUGUUUGGGUUCCUCUACAAGAAUUGAUGCCACUCACAGCCCAUCUGAAGCUUCAAAAUUUCCCAGUGGUUCAUUAGCUCCGUCCAGCAUAAGCGUUCCCUCUCACAGUAGCAAAAGCAGUGUUCACAGCCUCCCUACUCCAAGAUCUGAAGCUGAGAUUCUCUCAUCCCCCAAUGUUAAGCCCUUCUCAUUUAACGAGUUAAGGAAUGCAACCAGAAACUUUCGACCUGAUAGUCUUCUUGGGGAAGGAGGAUUUGGUUAUGUUUUCAAAGGAUGGAUUGAUGAGAACACUCUUGCUGCUGCAAGACCGGGAUCUGGACUGGUCAUUGCCGUGAAGAAGUUGAAGCCUGAGGGUUUCCAAGGCCACAAGGAGUGGUUGACAGAAGUCAAUUAUUUGGGGCAACUUCAUCAUAGUAACCUGGUAAAACUUAUUGGUUAUUGCUCUGAGGGGGACAACCGGCUUUUGGUUUAUGAGUUCAUGCCAAAGGGAAGCCUGGAGAAUCAUCUGUUCAGAAGUAUGUAUUGCCUUUCCUUUCUAUGAAAACCCUUUAAUGAUUUUCUCGAACACGCUUUAUCACUUAUUUGAUAAUCUCUAAUCAGCGACAUAAAACCUCAUCAAAUUUAUUUACUUCCAGUUAUCAGCUAAAUUACCGUACCCAUUUUUGCUGAGUUUGUAACUUAAUUCAUUCCUUUUUGUAAAAGCCUCAUGUACGCUGUUUAGUAAAGCACUAUUAAGAGGGUUUAUAAAUGCAGCAUUUGGAAAGCAAGCAUUUUGAUUAUAAUAUACAAAAAAAUUCAUUUGUUGAUAGAAAGACUGUGCUUCUUGCACAGACCCUUUUGCACAGGGCCUGUACAGGUG